AUGGCAAUAUCCACCAUCCUCCAAUGCUUCAUCGCGGACGAGGAGAUGUUCAAAGGAGACGACCGCUACGGGGAGGGAGACCUCGCUGACAUGCUCGACAAGGCGAGCCGGGCCAACUCGAAGGGCGAGGCGAGGGUAAUCGCCGUAGAGGCAAAAGCAGACGAGGGGGGUGUCGGAGCGGAGGUCAACGGCUUGCCUUAGCCUGUCCUUUGCCGGUGGAAGGAAAAAGUAGCUCGUCUUUUUCACCUGUAGAUGGCAGCGGCUACGGAGACACCGGGAGCGUGGGGUGGCGAAAGCGCUGCUGAUUUUCGGGCAUGGGCAUCUGCUGGAUGCCUUGACUUUUCGACGGUGGCAACGCAGACCAGGGGUGGGGGGGUGGCCACGGCAAGCGUUGAUUGGUUUAUGGGGUCGGGCCAACGAGAGGGGGGGUAUACGGUCACGUUCGAUAUGGUCUCCACCCUACCAUACGGUAAAAGGAGCAACUAGACAAGUACCCCCCUACGCUGCCUACCUUCUUUCUGAAGCGAGUUAGGCUGCUAAGAGAGGACUAGAUGGAGAGGGGGGUGGGCAGCCAGGCGGGGGCGGUCCCGCCCCCCUUUUCCUUGAUGUGACCGUCUGCUAAGGAACUAGGGCAGGCUUUGUCUCAGCAGGGGGAAGAAGAAGAAGAAGAAGAAGCAUCCAGCAGGAGAAAGUGGCAGCGAAAAGGCUGUCACGGGAGGAGAAGCUUGCGGGGGUGGGCAGGCGAGGCCCGAUAAUCAUAUGUUUUGACUUUUGGUCUGUCCACCAAACCCAGCGAGAAGAGAACUACAGCGUUUCCAGGGACCAACGUGCCUAUGCCCCGU